AUGUCUUCAGCUACAAAAGAAGAUCUAUAUGGAGUCUCAUGGUCAAACCCCGCGUGGAGUCAUUUCCUUUGCUCAGGAAACGUCCUCGAUUACUUUUGUGACCUUUCAAAUCCUUUCUACGAUAGGCAAUGCAAUAAUGAAGUCAUUCGAAUGCAACGACUUCAUCCUGAUCAGCUUUUGUGUAUGACUGGCGUUGAGUUCUACCUUCAUCACGCACAAGAACCUAUAUUGUUCAUAAUUCGAAAGCAAGAACGUUUAUCUCCCACUCAAGUUACACCUUUGAGUUAUUACUAUGUGAUUAAUGGGACAGUACUUCAGGCUCCAGAUCUUUCCACGCUUCUGAAUUCUCGUCUGCUGACAACAGUUGUUGGCUUGAAAAAAGUAAUCCAGAUGCUUAUUCCCUGUGCUCGAUAUCAUCCUUCAGAUGGUUCGUAUUCCUGGGAUGAUCCUAAUGUUUUACUUGGAUGUAAUACAGAAUCAGAUCAAGCUUACUCGAAACCUCAGUCAACUUUACGCGCUGAAAAGGAACUGUCUAAACCUGCAACUCUGUUUCAAGUUCAGAGAACAGAUGCUUUACUUGCUGAAUGGAUGAAUCGCUUUCCUGCACCAUCAGCAAGUUUCAUUCAAAGUGUUGUCAAUCCUGGACAAACACCAUCUGCAGCAACUGCUGUCUCUUCAGCUAGUGGUAGUGGAGUUACUCCGGUUCCAUCGGCUCAAACAGCAAUAAAAGAAGAAACCCCUCAAAUCAGUUCUAAUUCGCCUGCUAAACUCCCUACAAGGUUGCCUACACUACCCGGUGUUUCAGUUGUCCCUGGACCUCCACAGAACACUUCAGUACAACCUUCACAUGUCGUAGAUAAAAAGCCUCGUGUUUAA